AGGCUCUUACUACUUGGCGGCCAGAACGUAGGCGCAUACAUCCAUACGCAUACGCACGCAAACUCCAUUCAGCACCCGUCCUUUUGCCCUAGUCUCUUACUUUUCUACUUUACUCCUUCUAACAAACCUUAAGCUUCCUUCCGUGCAUACACCCGAGGGCGUCGCUCUCGGACUUAAACACUCAUUUUAGAGAAGAAGCACUAGUUACGCACUGCUGCUGCCACCACACACACGACUUACUGUAAUAUGCAUCUCCCUUUGCGUCGACGGGAUACCAAGCGGCCUGGUACACCUACCACAGCUCCGCAGGCUGCGCCUAGCAUACACGAGGCGUCUGGGACGUCGGUCAAGUCAGCAGCGUCGACUCCUGGCGCCCAGGCUCAGUUGUACGACUUCCUUGCACAGGCGCCGUCUCAGCAACAGAAGGAGCAGACGCCGCCACAUGGAUUGAAGGGACUUGGGAGACGUAUGACGGGCUCGAAGCCUGUGAGGAUGUUGAAGAGCAUUGCGUCGAAGACGAGCUUGAGGGGACAUGGAAGGCACACUUCGUCGGUGGCGGGGAGCAUACGGAGCACGAGGAGUGUCGCGAGUCAACAUGAGGCUGUGGCGGAGGAGACUGCUAAUGUCAAUGCUAAUGGGAAGACGGAGGAGGGUGUGAAGGGAAGGACCUCUGGGGAGACGGAUUACGGGAAGGACGUGACGAAUGCGCAGGCUGCCGGUGCUGAGGUGAAGAGUGCUGAGGUCGAGCAGAGCAGCGCCACACCCAACGAGAACGGGAGUGCAGAUGUCAUUGUCAAGCAUGAGGCCGAGGCGAGGCCAGAACCGAACUCGGCAGAGGAGCCAGCUACACAGAGCGAGGAACCGAAGACGCGCAUCGAUCAGAAUGACACAGCGGACAUGGAGCAAGCUACGCCCGCCGUUGAAGCUGCCAGCGAGUCUAUGGUUAUCGUUGACGUCGACGACGCGAAGAACGUUAAGGACGAUAGCACUGCUUCAAUCGACGCUCGGGAACAGACGCGUCGUCCAGAAGAGGAAGGCAUAGAAGCGCACGCGAUUACGGCAGACAUCCCCUCCCGUAACGCCGAAACUAUCUCCUUGUCCUCUUCCUCCACCACUGUCGACCCUCCCGUCCACCACGUUGGCGAAGACUCUGCUAAAUUGAAGCAAGCGAAAAUGGAGCAGGAUACUGAGCCUCUCAAGACGCUCGAACUUACGGAGGGCAACGUGCAGUCUGAAGUCGCGGUCACGGAUGUUAACCCGUUCCUCGUGGACGACCCAGAGGACCCUCUUUCAGAGCCAGAGGCGGAGACAAAGAGUGGUGCAGACACGCCAAUCGCGCAGAGCGUCGUCCUCUCCACGCAACUCGAGAGUGAUGACACCAAGGCUCAGACCGUGGCACCGGUCGUAGACGAGGAACGAGCACCUUCUCCUGAAAAGACCGCUUCGUCGACUGCGCCUGAGAGCUCUCCCUUGUCCUCAUCUUCCUCAUCCGAGGAAGAGGCUCCAGAACUGCACGUGCCUGCUCUCGCCGUAACUUCGCUCUUCCUGCCUGUUCCUCAAGUACGUACCUUCAUGCUCGGCAUCGCCUCCUUGACAUGGUGGUUGACCAGCAAAGCCGCUUCGUAUCCACUCGCCUAUUUCCCUGCUCUCUCGUCCUCACGUCUCUCUCCACUGUCCUACCUCACUAGACGGACCCACUAAGCGCGCUCCUCACCAAACACGUCCCCGAACCGCACUUGCGCCCUCCGCGCGAUACAAGCGGCGAGUGGACCCACACUGACUUCCACACGCUUGUUGUAAGUGUACUCUUUCAGCUGAUAAGCUAUGGACGGCUCGUAAAUUAAUAAGAUGUGUAUGUCUCCCUCUGCCCUGUUGUGUUCUUUUUUUUUGUUCUGGUGGUUGUUGUACCUUCUACCCUGUUCCCUUGUCGCUUUAAUGUUUCUCCC